UAACCUAGUAUAGUCCAUAUAUAGCCAUGUAUAUAUAACCUCGCUCAUGCUGCCGUAUAUAUAUAUACCUACCUACCUACCUACCUUGGUAGGUAUUUGCUUAGAUAAAUGUUUAAACGGCAAAAAAUAAUAGUAUAAUUUCUAUUCAACCUAUUCGAUAUCUACAUGCCUAAAGUGCCCCUCCACUAGGUAUCCCAUCUCAUACAUAUCUAGUACCUACCUAACGUAGGUUACUUAAUACCACAUAAUUUAUACAUCGUCCCUGCUUCCUCGCGCGACAGAUCCAAAAAAAAAAAAAUCGUGUAAUCAUGGCGUUCGGAUUCAUCCCCAUAGUCCACAUCGUGGCUGCCGUCUUCUCGAUCAUCGAGCUCGGCCUAACCGCGUACCUCGCUAGCCGAUACAGCAACACCUGGUACGGGUGGUACGGGUACGCGUCCUCGCCGUCGCGGGUGAACUUCAUGAUCUUCAACUCGGUGUGGUCGCUGCUGGCGCUGGCGUACAUCGGGCUGACGCCCCUGUACCUGACGAGCGCCUUCCACCGGCUCGCCGCCCUCGCCCUCAACGCCCUCACCGCCGUCUUCUGGUUCGCCGGCGCCGUCGCCCUCGCCGUCUUCGUCGGCGGCCCUUACGACUGCGCCGCUGACUCCUACUGCGGCUCCGCCGAGGCCGCCGUCGCUUUUGGCUUCUUCCUCUGGGCCAUCUUCACCUUCCUCGCCGUCCUCGACGCCCUCGACUCCCUGCGCAGCCGCGGCCACAACACCGCCGCCCCGAAGCCCAGCAGCCUCCCAGGCGCCUGAGCCACUACCUAUCUCAUCCCACCACCGGACUGACUAAAACUUAAAAACUAUGCACGUCAAGAUUGCCAUACGCUACCUAGCCAGGCGAAGGGGGUUACCAAGUCCGAUUUUUUUUUCCGCGUUAUCCUGAUGUGGAUGGGUUAUGGUGAUGGCGAUGGCGAUGGCGUACUUAGCUAUUUGAUUUGAUUAUUAUUGCGUUUAACUAGUUAUGUGUUAGUCACGAAAAGAACGGAAAAUGAGGAAAUUUGGGAAACCUCGGGGUUUUACAAGGGGAAGAGGCGAGUGGCGAGAGGCUGUAAUGUGGGAGAUUUUUUUCAUUGGUGUCUUUGGGUAACUACCUACCUACAGUACCUAGGUAGGUAUGACGAUUUUUGCGGUCGCAGGACAAAAGAAAUAACCCCCCCCCCCCCCCCCUUUUUUUUUUUU